GAGGGAAAGUAGUAGAGUAUAAGCUGUUUGUGGCUCCGGAAAGGUGUCAUCCUGCAGUGUUGAACGUUGUUUGAGGGCUCUCUCUAUCAAUAUAGGUGAGCGAGUAUCAGCGGCAAGAGUGCUUCCUCAUGAGCGCGACUUAGGAAGCCAGUUUGUAGACUACAUCGUCAUCCAGCCGGCGUAUUGUGUCUGGUUCCACGUUGAACAGGUCACAAAUAUGGGUUCCAUAUGCAGCAUGAAGUUUCCCAUUCUCAUGGUCGCCUUUUUAGCGCUGGGCUUACCUUCGGUGCUUGGAGCACCUUAUGGAUGGAAGGAUGCGCACAUUACCUACUACGGAUCUCCCAACGGCGGAGGGACGCAGGGAGGUGCUUGCGGAUAUCAGAAUACUUAUGCCCUCGGAUACGGAUCUUUCACUGCGGCAUUGAGUGCCCCGUUGUUUCAAGGAGGAGCCGCUUGCGGGGGAUGCUACCAGCUUAAGUGUGCACCAGUGAGAGAAACCAGAACCGUGCAUAACUGGUGCUGGAGUUACUCUCGCUCUAUCGUUGUCACCGCUACGAACCUGUGCCCGCCAGGAUCUCACGGAGGGUGGUGCGCAUGGCGCCCCCACUUCGACUUACCAAUGCCUGCUUUCACCUCUCUCGCAAAGCAAGUAGGAGGUGUUGCUCCUGUCUUCUACAGAAGGGUAAGAUGCGCUAAGCGCGGUGGAGUUCGCUUCACGAUCGGAGGAAAUCCAUACUUCUUGAUGGUUCUGAUCCACAACGUCGGGGGAGCAGGCGACAUCAGGUCUGUGAGGAUCAAAGGGCAAUACUCAGGAUGGGUGACCAUGUUCCGUAACUGGGGUUCACUGUGGACUUGCCGGACUAAGUUGAGUGGACCCCUGUCCUUCAUGAUUACCACCAGCGACGGACGCACUCUAGUGUCCAACAGAGCCGUGGGAUCGUGGUGGAAAUUCGGACAAACCUGGGAGGGUAGCCAGUUCAGAUAGAUCCCUACAGGGUCUGUCCCAAACCAAAAACGCUCGGUCGCAAGGGUCGCUUCGAUCGAAACACUACAAUGCUCCUCGGUCCGUGAUGUGCCUUCAGGAAUGGCUCCAUCCGUCCGUGCGAAGCCGAUCGCAAUUCUGAGACGUCCACAUCAUCGGAAAUUUUCCGGUGCUACUUUGCCAGUUCCGUAGUUCAGUGUUCGUAUCACAACAUAUAACCUGAAAAACUAGAUUUCCUGGAUCCAGCGAAACCUGCUGGAUAAUUGUAAUCUGAUUACAUGUAGUACUUAGUCGUCGUGAAAUCUCCUAUUCGUAAUAAAACGCUCUAGACUCUCUUUGUGACAAUCUCUGAGCGUUUGGGUGAUGCUCUCCAUCAAGGCUUUCUUCUGUUUUCUUUGUCGUUGUCCGUGUCUUCUAGAUUGGAGCCUGUAUUAGUUCAUUCUUGUACUGCGAUUAGCGUCGCUGAGUGGCGACAAAUGACAUUGUGGUUGCCGCUAUGUGACGAUGCCCGACAUCUUAACAAUCGCCGAAGUGGCAUACUCAAUGAAUUCACUAGCUGCAAGGAAAGUAUCCUUUCUAUGUUGUCCUUGUGCGCAUAUUUUAUAAUGGAUCUGUAGCAAAUGGUGAUUGCUAUGGAGAGCUUGUUUGCAAA